GUCUGAACCGUCAUCGCCGAGAGCCGUGGAAAAUUGAGAGAGAGAUACAACAUGAACAGAGUGUAGCACCCUUAUAUGCAAAACGGCGUUUUUUGCGUUAGGAGUUUCUGCCUCACAUUUUACUCAAACGCGGUGAUCAAAGAUGUCCAUGAUCACCACCCUGUUUGGUGUUUUUAUCGCUCCUCUGUGGAUCAUCAGCUGUCCACUGGUAAACCUAAGCAGCGCAUACCUGAGGGACCAGCGCAGACUUACAGAGGAUAUGGACUGGUCUUACACAGGAACCCUAAACCAACAGCUCUGGGUGAAGAAGUACCCAACCUGCAGUGGCGCUAAGCAGUCGCCCAUCAACAUUGACGAGGACUUCACCCAGGUGCAAGUGCAGUACCAAAAUCUGCAGCUAGAGAACUGGAACCAAACCAUGUAUGACUCUACCAUAACAAACAAUGGCAAAACAGUGGUUGUCAGUGUGAAUGGCAAAUACUACAUCAGUGGAGGAGGGCUUAGGGCCCGGUUCAGAGUAGCCAGGAUCACUUUUCACUGGGGCCGCUGCAAUGCCACAUCUGACGGAUCAGAGCACAGCCUCAGUGGCAGAAAAUUCCCUCUUGAGAUGCAGAUCUUCUGCUAUGAAGACACAGAGUUUAAGUCUAUAAAUGAUGCCCUGAAGGGUGAUGGGAGACUCAUUGCAUUAGCUGUGCUGUUUGAGGCCAGCUUUGAAGACAAUAAGAACUAUGCUACAAUAAUUGAGGGAGUCAAUUCCGUCAGUCGAUUUGGUAAAAGUAGCACAAUAGAGGCCUUCUCCCUGCUUGGUCUGCUACCAGAGUCUACAGCAAAAUACUUCAUCUACAAUGGUUCUCUCACCACUCCCCCCUGCACAGAGACAGUGGAGUGGAUUGUGUUCAAAAGUACAGUGCCUAUCUCUGAAACACAGCUGGAAAUGUUCUGUGAGGUGAUGACCACACAGCAGGCUGCCUAUGUGAUGGUGACAGACUACCUGCAGAACAACUACAGAGACCAACAGCAGCGGUUCAUAGGCCCAGUUUUCUCUUCUUACACGGGCACAGAGGAAGUCCUUGCUCCUAUGUGUAGCUCGGAGCCAGAGAAUGUCCAGGCGGAUCCCCAGAACUACACCAGCAUAAUGGUGACAUGGGAACGGCCACGUGCCAUCCAUGAAACUAGCAUUGAGAGAUACCUGGUCACCUACCAGAGACUACAGGGCAAAGAUUCACCUAAACAACAAUUCUUGACAGACGGAGACCAAGAUGUGGGGGCCAUCAUCCACAACUUGCUGGCCAACAGCAGCUAUGUUGUCCAGGUGAUGGCACUGUGCACCAAUGACCUGACUGGUCGAAUGAGCGAUCAGGUCAUAGUAGACAUGCCUCUGGAAGAUCCAGAAACUGAUUCUGAUCCAUCCUCUGAAUCAGAAGAAUAUUUUGAGGAGGUCUCCCAGCCCACUUUACUUAAGAGCAAGACAACAAAAAAGCCCCAGGUUUUGCCUGGACGCACCUUUAUCCGUGACUCCUCUUCCUCUAAAAGCUCUAUAUAUGUCACCACUGCAACUGAUCAGCCAGGUUUCCUCUUUCCAGCUGUUAGGACGACCACACCUCCGGUGCGACAGAGGAUCAUGGAGGAGUCUUCCUUGACCUGGUCACCUGAUCAGAACGAAGCAGGAAGCCACACCAUGCGACCAUUCACCUACCUUGUGCCAGAGGAAGCUGACAUUUCUCCACCAGACACCAUGUUGGUGACUGAUGUGUAUUACGAGGACUUCCACAAUCUGAGUGCUAGGGCAACCACACCCCACCCAGACAACAAAUUCCGUUUCUCCACACUCAUAAGUGCUCAGGACCAGGACAAGAUUACAACCACAGAGACAGACUACAGGAUUAAAACCAUUCAGCCUGAAACCUCAGUCUCUUUGACUUCCAGCCCGUCUGAGACCAUCCGUCGUACCCCUGUUUGGAAGACAAUAUCUACUACUAAAUUAGCUUCUACUGCCACCUCUAGUACUCCAUACAUCCCCAGAACCUCAACUCUGUCCACUUUGUCUGCCUCAGUGAAGAAGGACAUUCACCAAACCACUCAGCCACUGUUUAUUGCCACAUCGGCCACCACUCAAAAGGCAUCUGCAGACCGCUUUUCUACAGUGCCUCUGGAUUCCUUCACCCCGCACACACUAGCCUCCACAGAAGAAGGUUCCACUGCUCUGCUUUUUGCAGAUGGUCAAGAAGAGUCCAGCGGUUCAGGAUCUUCUUCUUCCAUCUUUAUGGAGCAGUUAGACUGGAAAUAUGACAUAGAAAGAACAUCAAGUCUUGCUGACAGGCCCAGAGUCCUGUUCAAAGAGGCAAGCACCAGCGAAAGACCUGAGAACAAAGGCAGCGGGGACAGUGAAGGUCUUCCAUCUGGCUUUUACUCUGAGAAUGAGGAGAAGGCUCAGGGGAGCACCACAGAGGCACUGAGCGCAGAGUUUAUAGCGUGGCAGAGAGGGGUAUCUGUGAUUGGCAGUGGUUUCGGUGAACAAAGCUCAGAAAUUCCUUAUAACUUUGACAAAACCACACAAACACAAACUGAUUCCUCAAACAGGGAGGCUGUGGAAGAGCUGAAUACAGAGGUGAGCAACAGCAGUCCUCAGUCACGCAUAGGAAUGGUGGGAGGGGUUGAGAGAGAAAGGAGAACGGUGGUUCCACUGGCGGUGGUGUCAACCCUUACUGUACUCUGUCUUCUUGUGCUAGUGGCGAUUCUCAUCUACUGGAGGAAAUGCUUUCAUGCAGCACAUUUGUAUGUAGAGGAUAACGCAUCCCCCAGAAUCAUAACAGCUUCAUCAACACCUCUGCUUCCUGCUACAGAGGAUCAUGCAGCCCUUUCCGUGAAAGAGUUUGUGAAGCAUGUAGCAGAUCUUCACUCCAACAACACUUUCUCAAAGGAGUUUGAGAUCUUGAAAGAGUCUUAUGAGGAGAUUCAGUCCUGCACUGUGGACAUGGGCAUUACAACUGACAGUUCAAACCACCCAGACAACAAAAGCAAGAACAGAUACAACAACAUCCUGGCUUAUGAUCACAGCCGAGUCAAGCUGUCCCAUAAUGUAGAGAAAGAUGGAAAGACUGGAGACUACAUAAAUGCCAAUUAUGUGGAUGGCUACAAACACCCUAAAGCCUACAUAGCAGCCCAGGGCCCUCUGAAGGCCAGUCUGGAAGACUUCUGGAGGAUGGUGUGGGAGCAGAAAGUUGGAGUCAUUGUCAUGAUCACCAACCUAGUGGAAAAAGGCCGGAGGAAAUGUGAUCAAUAUUGGCCUAUGGAAAACCAGGAAGAGUAUGGGAGUUUCCUUGUCACUUUGAAGAGCACUAAAAACUUGGCCUAUUACACUAAGAGGACCUUUACCUUGAGAGACAUCAAUUUGAAAAAGGGCUCACAGAAGACUCGCAGUCAGGAGAGGACAAUUGUUCAGUACCAUUACACUCAGUGGCCAGACAUGGCCGUCCCUGAGUACACACUACCAGUACUCUCCUUUGUACAGAAAUCAUCUCAGACCCAGACAGCAGACUCAGGCCCUGUGGUGGUGCACUGCAGUGCUGGGGUGGGAAGAACAGGAACUUAUAUAGUCAUUGACAGUAUGCUGAAGCAGAUAAAGGCUGAGGGUACAGUGAACAUCAUUGGCUUCAUCAAGCGCAUCCGGACACAGAGGAACUACCUAGUGCAGACAGAGGAACAGUACGUUUUCAUCCAUGACGUCUUAGUAGAAGCUAUUAAAUGUAAAGAGACACAGGUAUCAUCCAGCCACAUUCACACCUAUGUCUCUGAUCUUCUUACUCCUGGACCAACAGGAAAGACUUGCCUGGAGAAACAGUUCAAGUUGGUCAGCCAAAACAGUGCAAAGCAGUAUGACUACUUGACAGCACUGGAAGCAUGCAACAUGCCAAAAAACAGGGCAUCUGUCCUUAUCCCUGUGGACAGGUCUAGAGUAAGCUUGUCUACAACAGUAGGAGAUUCUUCAGACUACAUCAAUGCCUCCUACGUCAUGGGCUACCAUCAACCUCAUGAAUUCAUCAUCACUCAGAGCCCUUUGCCCAGCACUAUGCUGGACUUCUGGAGAAUGAUUUGGGACCAUAAUGCUCAGAUUAUCGUCUCUCUACCAGACACAGAAGACCAGAGCAAGGAAAAGGACUGUGUGCACUGGCCCAGUAAAGAGCAGCCAAUCAGUUGUGAGACCUUUAUGGUCACAUUCACAGGGGAGGACAAAGUGUGUCUGUCUUAUGAAGAAUCACUGGUGAUACAUGACUUCAUUUUGGAGGCCUUAAAAGAUGACUAUGUCUUGGAAGUGCGCUGGUACCAAGCUCCCCACUGGCCCAACCCAGAUGGCCCCAUUAGCAAUGCUUUUGAGCUUGUCAACAUCAUCAGAGAAGAGAGCAUCCAUCGAGAAGGAGCCAUUGUGGUCUAUGAUGGGUAUGGAGGGCCCAGUGCUGGGAUCCUGUGUUCCCUGAUCACCCUGGUUAACCAACUAGAGGAAGAGAAUAGUGUGGAUGUCUAUCAAACAGCAAGGAUGACCAACCUCAUGAGACCAGGAGUCUUCAGUGAUAUUGAACAGUAUCAGUUCCUUUACAAAGCUUUACUGAGCUUAGUGAGCACCAAGGAGGACGAGAAGACUCUUCUGUCCACAGAGAACAACGGCAACAUCCCUCUUGGCUCAGCCAGGAUCACAGAAAGUCUAGAGUCUCUCAUGUAAAAUCAUGUCUAUGGAGGUUAACACUUGUGAUGAUGUAAAUUGCCAUUGUUUAUAUCGGAGAAUGUGGCCUUUGGGCUUGACACCUUCCCAAAGUCUCUGUGUGGCCAUUUGGGUGUUGGAUGUUAUUUUGUCUUUUAUUGUGCCUUUUUUUUUUUGUAAAAUUUGUACUUUAGAAUAAUUUGAUAUAAUGUUAUUAUUGUAACUAAUGCCAAAUUUAUACUCUUUUUCAAAGUGCUGUAUUGCUCUUGAGGUUUUCUUUUUAGUUGAGCUGGGUAAAGAUAAUAUUUAUAUGUAACUGCUAAAGUGUUGAAGAACUCUAUCUAUUUUUUGAAAAACAUAGAAACAUCCUCUCCAUAUGUAGCUGAAGCAUACAUUAUGUCACACAAAGAAAUAAGUUUCUGGUAUGUGACUAAUUAUUGACCAACAGACCAAACCCCAUUUAUAUGAAUAAAUUUUAUAUUUUACUACUUUUGUUUUAUAGUUUAUAAGAGCUUAACAGCCUUUUACAAUUUAGUUGAUACAUGUAUAAAGUAAUAGGUCUUUUAUGUUUCUUGUCUGUCUUAAUGUGUUUCAGUUUGGUGCAAGGAUUAAUUUACUUUCUGUAGAUGUAAAGCAACAUAGAGUCUCUGUGAAAAAUGCCUAUAAGUCCAUGAUUGUAUAACUACUGAUUCAGUGUCUAUA